AUGAUAACACCCCAGGGAGACAUAAUUCAGAUAGGCGUAAAGUGCAGAGAGAGGCAAUUGUCCAACAACGAAGCUGAAUACGAGGUUGUCAUAAAGGCGUUAAAAGUUGCAACCCAGGCGGGAGCCAAUAAGAUACAUAUCAAAAUGGAUUCUCAAUUAGUGGCACAACAAUAUGCAGGGAUAUAUGAGGUGACAGAAGAAAGAAUGAAAGCCUAUGUGGAGGAUCUUAAAAAUAGGGCAGUCCAGCUCGAGGAACUAGUGAUAGAACAAAUUCCAAGGGAGGAUAAUGACAAAGCUGAUACCCUGGCAAGAAUGGCGGGAGCCGCAGAAGGAUCAUGGACUGGGGAAACUACCCUGUUGCAAGAAAUCAUGGAUGAAAACAUGGAUGUAGUGAUGGAGAUCGCAAGAAAACCUGACUAG